UUUCAAAGUUUGUAAUUCGGCAGAUGUUCCGGGCGGGAGCAGGGGGGUCUAAGCUUUAUCAGUUAUCGACCCGCCCUGUAAUCCCCGCGUUUUAGACUUAUCGCCGGGUCUUUGCAUCAUCUUCAAUUCCUCCCACCAACGAAAUUCCAUUUCAUUGAAGCUCCGUCGUUUCCAUGCGCUUGUCAGCUAUACCACGAACCGCCACAUCGUAGUGCGCUCAAAACAUGCGAAACUCACGAAAUGGCUUACGUAGCGCCUAUCCAUCGGCCUAAUAGCGUCCGACAUGCGCUGCGCGUCAACCUGUUCCCUGGAGAGGAUGAGUGCCUCAUUCUUGCCAAAACCAACCGGCUAGAAAUAUGGAAGCUCGAAGAAUCUGGCACACUGGUGCACACUGACACAAAGGCAGUUAACGGCUCCAUUUCUAUUCUACAGAAGCUCCGACCUCGAGAUGCCGAAACCGAGCUGGUCUUCGUGGGAACCGACAGGUUCCAUUACUUUACAUUCGGAUGGAAUGCCGCAGAUGGGAAACUAGAGACCAUUGACUCGUUUUUUGAUAUACACGAGAAGCAUUUGCGAGAUGCCCAAAGUCAAGACAUGUGUGCGGUCGACCCGACAGGGCGAUUCAUGGCCGUCCUUCUCUGGGAAGGAGUUAUCAAUGUCUUACGUAUGCAUACGGUCAAGAGCAAGAGGCAGAAUUUGCAUUGGAUGGAUCAGAUCCGAGUUUCCGAACUCUUCAUCAAAUGUGUAACUUUCCUACACGUCGAGACCGGCCAUCCGAAGAUCGCUUUCUUGUACCAAUCCCGAACCGAUAUACCAGAUUCUCAACUCGUCACCUAUCGCUUAACGUCAGAUGACAAGAACACGGAGGUUUCUCGAUUUGAAGUUCGCGAUCAGGUUGAUCGUAUGGAGACCCCGGACCCAGGCGCUUCCAUAUUGAUACCAGUUGGUAGGGGCGAGGGGGACCAGAAACGGUACAUCAUAAGAAACGCAUCGACCGCGCGAGCCCAACUUGGUGGCGUUAUUGUCGUCGGCGAGACUAGGUUACUCUACUACGACGAUGCUGCCAAGAAGAAGGUUGAAUCUGCGCUGCCAGAGUCUUCCAUCUUCGUCGCUUGGGCUGAAUAUGAUGUUUCGCAUUACUUCAUUGGGGAUGACUAUGGAGCCUUGUGGCUACUAGAAAUCCUCCUUGACGGAGCUGUGGUAACAGAUUUGCAGAUGACCAAGAUCGGAGUAACCCCGAGAGCCAGUAGCCUCGUCUACAUGGGAAACAACAUCUUGUUCGUGGGAUCUCACUAUGGCGACUCUCAAGUUUUCCGUGUUGAUCUCGGCGACUCGAAAUCCCUGCAACCGAUCCAGACCUUAAAUAGCAUUGCUCCGAUAUUGGAUCUCAAUAUUAUGGACAUGGGUAAUCGCGAGGGAGAAGGACAGACUACUAACGAAUACUCUUCCGGCCAAGCGAGAAUUGUCACUGGUAGCGGCGUCUAUAAAGACGGGAGUUUGCGGAGUGUGCGAAGUGGCGUUGGUUUAGACGACGUUGGAGUUCUUGCAGACAUGGAGAAUGUCCGAGCACUAUUCUCUCUUAAGUCAGACGGAACGUCAAAGACUGACAUAUUAGUGGUAUCAUUCCUCACAGAAACCCGAAUUUUUACAUUCAGUCCUAGUGGCGAAGUUGAAGAAGUCGAAGAGUUUAAAGGAAUGAUAUUUAACGAACAGACAUUAUUAGCUCAAAAUCUGCCAGACGGUCGAUUUCUUCAGAUUACAACAACGGAUGCUUAUAUCGUUGAUCCGAAGCGCGGUGUCGUUGUAUCGACAUGGGGACCACCACCUGGGCAUCAGAUCACCAACGCCUCGGCAAAUAAUGAAUGGGUCCUUCUCUCUGUCGACGGGAGAAACAUUAUGUCGUUACGGAUAUGGGAAGAUCUCGUAUGGUUGGGAAGCAAAAAUCUCGGGGAGGAAGAUCAGGUGGCCUGCAUUCAUUUGCCUCCGGAAUACCCUAGUAUCGGCGUAGUCGGUCUUUGGAAGUCAGGGUCAAUCUUCAUCAUUCUUGAUUUAGAAAACCUAGAUUCCAUUCAUGGAGAAAGCUUACGACGAAAGGAUAACAACGCUUCCAUACCCAGAGAUAUUGCGCUCGCACAAGUCCUUCCGCCACACCUAGCUGGACCAACAUUAUUUGUAGCCAUGGAAGAUGGUUAUGUCAUUACAUUUAAUGUUUCUAAGUCCGAUUUCUCUCUGUCUGGGCGAAAGAGUGUCGUCCUGGGGACACGACAAGCCAGAUUACAGCUGCUCCCACGGGAAACUGGUAUUUACAAUGUGUUCGCAACUAGUGAACAUCCUAGCUUAAUCUACGGAGCAGAAGGUAGAAUCGUCUACUCCGCAGUUACGGCUGAUGAUGCGACCUGCGUGUGUCUUUUUGAUUCGGAAGCCUUUCCAGACUCCAUUGUCGUUGCAACAGAGAAAGAAAUAAAAAUCGCGACAAUUGACACGGAGCGUCGAACACACGUACAAACGCUACCCAUGGGAGAAACUAUCCGUCGCAUAGCGUAUUCUCGUAAUGAACGGGCCUUUGGGUUAGGCUGUUUCCAUCGAGAAGUGAAGGACAACGAAGAGGUUCUCACUAAUUCCUUCAAACUGGUCGACGAAGUGGUUUUCAAGCAGCUCGGGAGCUUUGCUCUAGAGAGCUCACCUCGGGUAGAAAUGGUGGAGGCUGUGAUUCGAGCUGAGCUUCCAGAUUCAUAUGGAGAUGUGGUUGAGAGGUUCCUAGUUGGCACUUCGUACCUAACUUACGCAGACGGCUCCGCACCAGAUGAUGCUAUUCGGGGACGUAUAUUGGUUCUUGGAGUUAAUAACGACAGAACGCCAUAUCUCGUCACUAGCAGAAACUUAAAAGGCGCUUGUCGAUGCCUUGCAGUCUUAGACGACAAGAUCGUUGCGGCCUUGACCAAAACGGUGGUUAUGUACUCAUACAAUGAGACGUCAUCGACGACCGCGGAGAUGAAGAAGAUUGCAUCCUAUCGGCCGGCUACAUACCCCGUUGACCUAGCAGUCAAGAAUAACAUCAUCGCAGUCGCUGAUCUUAUGAAGUCCAUGACUCUGAUUGAGUAUGUCCCACCCGCGGAUGGUCAAGGUGCGAAGCUUGUCGAAGUAUCAAGACAUUACCAAUCCGUCUGGGCUACUGCCGUAUGUCACAUAGACCAGGACUCAUGGUUAGAAUCAGACACACAGGGCAACUUAUUAGUAUUGCGGAGGAAUUUGGAUGGUGUCACAUUAGAGGACAAGCGGCGCAUGGAAGUGACUAGCGAGAUCAACUUGGGAGAAAUGGUAAAUAAGAUACGAAAAGUCACCGUCGACGCAAGCGAGAAUGCUAUCAUUACUCCGCAUGCGUUUCUCGGCACGGUCGAAGGAGGCGUGUAUCUAUUCGGACUCAUUGCACCAAGCUACCAGGACCUCUUAAUCCGAUUCCAAACCAAACUCGCCGAGUUCGUGGAGACUACCGGUAACAUACUCUUCUCGAGGUACCGCUCUUUUAGGAAUGAGGAGCGCGAAUCGGAGGGACCGUUCCGCUUCAUCGAUGGGGAGUUACUUGAACGGUUUUUAGAUAUUGAUGAGAAGACACAAGAAGAGAUCUGCGCAGGGUUGGGCCCCGAUGUUGAAGCUCUAAGAAACUUGGUGGAGGAGUUAAAACGUAUGCACUAGAUUACAGGUUGGCGUAUCUGGGCUUAUUCAGGGGCAUGACAUGAGACUACGUUACUGGGAUAUUAGAUAUUACGAACCAGGCGUUAGGCUAGCAUCUAGGGCAUAAUCAAAGUGUUGAAACCGAAAAGGCAUUGGAAAUACUAGAACAUUCAACAUUGAAUGAAACCGAUCAAGGUCGUCCAAUUCAUAGCACAAAUUGUGCAUAUAGUUAUGUAAGCAUAUGCGAC